AUGGAGAACUCCAGUAAUACUGACCACCACCAUUCACAAUGCUGCUUCAACGAUUGGAUGGCUCUGCAAGAGCGAGAGCUGACAGAGCUCCUCCACACCAUAACCCUUCAAGAAACCACCGCCGACGUCGACUUCACCGAGUCAUGCACUCAGCUUUCUCAGAAAAUCAUCCAACGCUUCCAGGACUACGCUGACAAACGAUUAGAACUCUGCCGCAAAGAUACCUCACCUUUCUUUGCGCCUUCAUGGAACAGCUCCUUGGAGAAUUCCCUUCUCUGGAUCGCUGGCUGCCGUCCUUCCUCCUAUUUCCGCCUCCUCUACGCCCUCUGCGGCUUCAAUCUCGAGGCCCAUGUCUUAGAUGCUCUCCAUGGCGCGUCCACCUCUCGAGCAGCUUCUUUCGACUCCCUCCGCAAGCUGUCGGGAGAGCAGCUUGCGAUGGUGGACGAUCUGCGUACAAAGACAAUCAGAGAAGAAGACAAGUUAUCCAAAAGGCUGGCGAGCUCACAGGAGGACACGGCGGACCAGCCAUUUUCACUCAUCGCCAUUGAGCUCGGGAGCGUGGAUGAAGAGAGCGAGAGGGUGAAUAAGGAGCUUGAUGAACAGGAGAUGGUUAUGACAAAUAUCCUGGAGGAUGCUGAUAAGUUGAGGCUAAACACGCUUAAAGGGUUGCUUGACAUAUUAAAACCACAGCAGGCUGUGGAUUUUCUUGCGGCCGGUAAGAAGCUUCAUCUGUGCAUGCAUGAGUGGGGAAAGCGUAGGGAUGUUAAGCACGGAAGAAGCUAG